AUGGAACAUUCACGUGAUAGGGCUGUUGGUGGAUCUAUAAAUAAUCCUCCAUGGUUCGAAGGUGGAUGUGAAAAAUAUACUCAGUGGAAAAUAUACAUGAAAUCAUAUCUCUAUGCUCAAGAUGAACAUGUGUGGAAUAUUUUAGAAAAUGGCUGGACUAUACCUAUGAUAAAAACAAAAGGAGAAAGCUCUUCCACUGCCACUCCCAAACCAAGGAAGGACUGGACUGAGGAAGAAGUUCGUGAUCUGCAAGCAGAUUUCAAGGCUAAGAACAUCAUUUUCACAGCCCUAUCUGAACGGGAAAAACUGAGGAUCAGUCACUGUGAUACUACCAAGCAGGCAUGGGAUCUUCUACAGACUACAUAUGAAGGAAAUAAAAAGGUACGUGCCCAGAAAUUACAAGCACUGAUCUUUGAGUUCGAAACUAUGACUAUGGGAGAUGAUGAAACCAUUGAUGAUUUCCAUGGUAGAAUUCUCAAAAUUUUCGGUCAAUGUCGUAGUCUGGGAGCACAUUUUGAUGAAGAUAAGAUUGUCAAAAAAAUUCUUAGGGCCUUGCCAGAAAAAUUCCAUUCAAAAGUCACUAGUAUAGAGGAUUCAUUUGAUAUUGAUGAGUACCCACUUGAUGAGCUCAUUGGCAAUCUCAAAACUUAUGAGAUGAGGUUAAAACCUGAGAAGAAAAAUAAAGGUGUAGCCUUCAAGGCAGCAAAAGGAGUUGAAGAGGAAGAAGAAACACUAGAUCUUGCUCUACUGACAAAGGAAUUCAAAAGAUUUCUCAAAAGCAAGAACUCCUCUAGAAAUCCCAAUGCUUCUAGGAAAAACACCUAUGGAGGAAGCAGUAGCGGCAGUGACUACAAUGGCAAGAGUGGGAAAGGAAGCUUCAAGGGAACUCACUCUGGAAAACCUAAAUGCUAUGAGUGUGGUGGCUAUGGCCAUAUCUCUACUGACUGUGGAAAUAGGAAGCAUGGAAACAACAACAACAAGUCUCUUCUUUCAACUUGGAGUGAUGAUGAGUCUCAAGAAGUGGAAAAUUUGGCUCUUGUAUCGUCACUUCUACCUGAUUCUGACAGUGACGAGGCUUUUUCUGAUGAUGAAACAAAUAUCCGCUACAAACAACUCUACAAAGCUUCAAAGGCCACAUUACUAAGAAACUUAAGCUUAGAAAAGGAAGUUGAAUUUCUAAGAACAGAAAAAGAAAAAGUGGAGCACAUGUUGGAGACUUCACAAUCCACAUGGGAACAGGAAAGAAGCAGCCUUGUUACUGAGAUGGCUAUCUCGUCGAGUGAUUAG